GGGGGCGCGCUCUCGACCCGCGCGCGUGAGACUCUCCUCCUCGUCACUCGCGCGUGUUUCGGCGCGAUAGAGAAACUGUUCAACAGUCGCGCGCUACACGCAGAAAGAGGAAGACGGACGAAGAUGCACUUUCCAACGCUGGCGGUAUUAGCAGGUUUGGUGAUAUUUGGAGGAAGCACACAGAGAAUUGCAUCAACAGCAGCUACUACAGUUGCAGCUACUUUUACUUCAUCAGCGCACACAGCAUCAGCGGACACCACCGAGACGCAUCCAGCGCCUGAAUCCGCCUCCACCGUCCACAAUAACACCGAACCAACAACCGAGACCCCUCGAAACGUGAGCACGAGCACUGCGCCCGGCUCCGCGUCCAACCAGACAACGAGCUCCGGGUCUAACUCUACCUCAGCGGCCACCGAGCUCACGAGCGCCGCCCCGUCGGCCACGGUGACCGAAGCUCUCCCAACAUCCUCCUCAGAGAACCGUAGCUCAGAGAACACGACUCUGGGGAGCACAAAACCGGCUGUUACUACUGCCAGAAGCACAACUACAGCGACCAUUUCUACGACUAAAAUAGUGCCAACUACUACUAAAGUGUUAGCAACAACAACAACAACAACAACUACAACUACAGCAGCAAAAACAACAACACCCGCAAAACCGGUAACAACCAAACACUCAGUUUCUGCUGAUCAAGAAAAGAAGGAGCCAGAGGCCCUAAGCUCAGGAAGUGUUGCUGCCAUCGUAAUUAGCUUUAUCGCCAUUGUACUAAUUUUACUGGUUAGUGCGUACUACUUUAAAAUGCGACGCUCUUCUUACGGACGUCUUUUGGACGAUAGCGAUCACAGCUCUAUGGGGAAUUUUCUGAACCCGAUGUUUGAUGGCUGAACGGGAAAGCGUUGAUGAAGGAAUAUCUGUUUCUAAAGAAAACAAGCUGCACGUCUUUAGAAAUGAACAUCAGAUUCAGUAUUUCGGACCCAAAAUAAGAUGCACUGAGCAGAAUCAUCAAGAGGUUUUAGUGUGUAGGCAGGGUUUCCUGUGAGUAUUAGUAUAUGAAGGCAGGCUGUGGGGCAUUUUGGUUCCUUUCAAAGGAAAUCUGAAGAAAAUUUUAAGCCAUGUCCUAGAAAUUUCUUGUUUGUUUGUGCAACGUAUUGUCUCGGGUAUAUUUUUCAUGUUGCUUGCUUUGUUUCUUUGUUUACUGAAAUGAACUGUGAUUCUUCCAGAUCGAAGACUCACGUCUCAAACAGGCCACAUGCAAUCAUCACUGGUCUCUGAGAGUGACCUUAUCGUAUAUCAUAAUUACAGCUCUUGCCUCCCGCUAUUCAUCCAAAGACGGUCUCUUUUUUUAAACGCGAGGACCGUUUAACAUUUCUGUAGCCUCAACAAUAACAGAUUUUUUCGCCUUGUCAUUGUAAUGGCAGGGAUCCACCAGCAGCGUGCAAUUAAGCAUUUAAACAGUCAAGACUGUUAUUAGAGACUUAAAAAUAAGCCACAGAGCAAACGGAGGCGCAUUAACAAAACAUCUGGUGUUCUGCCCUGCUUGAGAUCGGGUUUAGUUAGUUGUGCAACGGCAGUUUAAUACAUUCAGAAAUGCAUUUUUGAAUGUUUAAAAAAAAAAAAAAAGUAGUUUCCUCUUCUAGUUCUUUUGUUACCUGUUUAACAGCAACCGCUGUUUCCUGUUUUUGCAAGUGCUCUAGUUUCAAGAAUGGCGUAAACCACAGGAGCACUAUUUAAAACAUCGGUCUAAUGCAGCAGUAAAAUGUCUAUGUAAUAAAAAUUGUCAGUGUAAAUUGUCUAUGUCUAUAUAAUAUUGUAUUAAAAAUCACUAAUAUAUUA